AUUACGACCGUCAUCAGCGGCUACUUAACCCCAGUCUGUUGUGCUGUAUCUAUCGUCUUGAGGCUUCCCAAUGACAGUCUGGACAUGGGUCAAGAGCCUUGUGUUGUCUGUUUCUGUCGCAAACUUUGUUGGUGGCGACACCUGUCCUUAUCAG